GUUGUAUCAAGUGAGUUGCCUAAAAUCCUGUUUUCUACUAGCUUAUAGCUACCUUUUCUAUUUUCAUACGUUUGUGUUUAAGAUUUUGGCUUUAUGUUUGAAUCAUCUCCUGGUGGUAACCUUGGGUUUGAACCAGAUAUGAAGUUAACUCAUGAAAUGGUUUUGAUUAUGGGAGGAACUAUGGAGUCUCAUUCUUUCAGGUAUACUCAUUGUUUUUGUCUGCAGUGAACUCUAUGUCAAUAUCUCAACGUACAUUAUUUUUCUAUAUCGUGUAUACAAACGACUGUGUUGUUUUCUGCCCUAAGAAUUUUACGUUUUGGUUAUUCUUAGAUGGUUCAUGGAACUUUGUGUGAGAGCAUACCUUGCAGUGAGGUAAGUGUCAUUUUUCAGUGUUUUCUAAUGGCGUAUGCAGCAGUGUUUUCUAAUGCAGUGUUUUCUAAUGGCGUAUGACAUCAUAUGUUGAUGUGCUUAAAGGUAAAUGGCGAUAAAAUUUAGUUUGUCCCAUUUGAAAGAACUUUUGAAAUUAUCUCUGAAGACCUUUACAACUUAGCGUGUUUCCUUUUUCAAAAUAUUUCGACCAUAAAACAGCGUGGUUCUUGUUUCAACUUUCAACCACAUAUCAUUAAUAGCUUACAACUCUAUUUUGGGGGCACAACAUAUAAAAAACUCCCUUUGAAAUGCAGUUACUCUCAUAGUAGUGUUAACAAGUUUACCCCUAUUCUGACGUCACCAAACACCCAGCGAAUUAGGUAAAAUAUAAAAAACAAAAUGGUGGACUACAUACAGUCUCUGGUGAAAAUAUCACUAAAACCAAGUAGGAUAGAAAAGGAUUGUGAACGACCUUGAUGCAUAAUUUUUAAAGUUAUUUAAAAUGAGACAAACUUAAUUUGUGUUGCCAUCUCACUUUAAGCGUUUACUUCUACAGUUGUUUAGCUACUAAACAUUGUGAAUUUAAAAAAGGAACAAGUCUCAUCCAAUAACCUAAGUAGUAAAAAUGUAUUCUUUUCAUUGCGUAGUCAAAAGCGAUAUAUAGAUUAGGGGAAAAGUGGGUCGAAGUUUCUUGUUAAUUUUAAGACAAAACACCUUUAGUAGAGCAACUUCUUUUGUGAGGAAAUUUUCAUGAUUCAAAAUACGAUAGUGCCUUCAUACACUCUUGUUGAAGAUCAUAGCCUAAGGAGUAUUUUUGAAUAUAUUUGUUUUUGUUUUCAGACCAUACCAAGAAGAAAUCGUAGCUUUGGUGGCAUUGAUGCUUGAUACUGGAUUACCAUGUUUUAGAGGGGAAACAUUGAAAAGAUUAAGGUAAAGAUUGCAUGUAGGUAGAUUGACGUAAGGCAAGCGAUGGUAUUAAUGCAAUGAGAAAUGCCCAUCGGAGGAAACGCAUAAUUUUCAUAGUAUAUAGUAUAUUGGCAGAGAUUGGCAUAGUAUAUAGUAUAUUGGCAGAGAUUGGCAUAGUAUAUAUAGUAUAUUGGCAGAGAUUGGCAUAGUAUAUAAUAUAUUGGCAGAGAUUGGCAGUAUAUAAUAUAUUGGCAGAGAUUGGCAUAGUAUAUAAUAUAUUGGCAGAGAUUGGCAUUGCCGUAUAUAGUAUAUUGGCAGAGAUUGGCAUAGUAUAUAAUAUAUUGGCAGAGAUUGGCAUAGUAUAUAAUAUAUUGGCAGAGAUUGGCAUAGUAUAUAUAGGCAGAGAUUCGACUGGCAAAACAUUGUGCUGACAAAAGGUCAGCAAGUAUAUCAGGGUUUUCAUAAUACAAUCGCGCGAUAAAAACAUGCAUUUUCCCUCUAAUAUUCCUUCUUUUUCGCUUUAUAUAUAACUUUCGUAAGACGUUUGGACGGAUAUAUAAAGUUCAGAUAUUGCACUUUCCCCUGCACACACUACACAGUGGAUUUGGGGAAAAAACCUGUACUUUUGGCAUUGAAGUUGCAUGUUUUCGUCGCCGUCUAUUACAGAAAUACCGUCGAGACGCCCGCAAGAUGCCUUUGAAGCGCUUGAACACCAUUUUGCCAUGCGCAAUGAUAAAAAGUUCGCGCGGAUUCAAAAAGCAUGGGUUCUUGUGAUUAUUUUGAUAGGUGAAUUGUUAAUUUUGGCGCAAUAUUUGUUGACUUUGUUCUGUACUUUGGUUGAAAAUUUUAACUGUAUGCGCAAAUAACCAAAUGACUUCUAGUACAGCAUUUGUAUGGCAUUGGAUGCUUGCAAGCCGAUUCAUUUUAGUGUUUGUACUUUCUGGGAUAAGUGGGAUUGAUGCGGCAAAUGAAUGGGAACUAAAGAUGAUCAACAGCGAAAGAGCGAUAGAAAUAAUCGCUCGUCUGGAAAUCCGUUCUUCGUAGUGGAAAUAAACAAGUAUUAAGGUUAUUUGAGUUGUUCUUUGCAUUUAAUAGUUUGCAUAUUUUAUACUGUACCAAUACCAUGGUUUACAUGCUAUUACUACAUUAUUUAGAACAAUGGCAAUGCGCACAGAAAUAUUUUUAAAUUUUGAAAUAAAGAAUUGUUGGAUUAUAAAUUUCUUUUCAGCCGAUUAAUGGACGAUAUGUUUAAGGCCACCUUAAUUAAAGACGCAUAAGGUGAUAAGGAUAUAAAAGGCGCUUAUACAUACAAGGCUUAGGCUGUCGUACUUGACCUGAACAAGUGUUCCGUCACUAUAAUAUGUUGGAACAGUCAUUAUCAAUGAGAGCUAGGAUAGUUAGCGCGUUCUAAGGGCACUCCAUCCUCUACAACUUUGUAGAAUCCUUCCUCCGGUUGAAGUCCCUUCCUUUCGGCCGCCAUAUUAACAGUAUUGUUAUGACGCUCAAAUGAAAUAUGAAACCAAGAAACUGACAAAAAUAGCAACUACGCAUGCGUAAGUUCAAAGACAGUUUGAUCAUCUGAUUAUCAAUUUCCCAUUUGUAAUACAAAAUGACUGAAAAACGGCAAACUUCGCAAGGCUAUAUUAUCCGCAUUUUACAACAUUUCGCAACGAAACUUCGGAAUAUUACUAAUUUUGUGAUGCUCUUUCAAGCUGUGAUGAAAUUUUUGUCCAGGCAUAUCUAGAUCAAAAUUUCACUCAUAAGGGAAAGGUCUAUUGCGUAACUUGGCAGAGAGUGACGUCUUAAUUAACAAUAAAAAUUAUGAUAUAUAUCACAACCCUACGCCUAACCCUAUUAUGCGCGAAGCAUUAAGAUAUAACCCGUCAAAAAAGUUUUAAGUUUAUCCACACUAUUUAUGACAUGAGCGGUUCUGUUGCAUUGUAGGGCCGUCGGAAGCUUGGCGGGGGGGGGGGGAUGACCCACGGGUUACUCAUGAGGAUUACAUUUCUUUCUUCAGUUUCUUGCACAGGCAAUAACAAUCAAUUUAUCCGUAACAGUUCGUUGUUACAUUGAUAUUUUGUAUAUGUCAUAGGAACAAAACCAAUUCGUUCAUGCUCUGUAUGUAAUCAUAUACGGAGCAAACAUUGUUUUAAAAAUUGGGGGGGGGGGUUGAAGUUGUAAAAAGAGUUAGUCUAAGUACUAGUUAAAACAUGAGCAGCCAAUCUUUAUCUGAUAUACAAACUCGAGCUGAAGUUGUUGUUUUAACGUGCUUAAAAAAACGACCCAUCUUAUGAGUUCAUUAGCGAAGUUUUAAAAUAAACAUUGUCUAAACCGAGCAAAUCAAACACAAAGUUGAAGUUUAUGUAAAUCAGGACAAAUCUUUAUUCGAUUUGCAAAUAUUGAUUAAACAUAUUCAUUUCUUUUGAAUUUUCUUCUUAUAGUAGUUGAAUAUUGUGAAUGAAUUGUUGUCGUAAGGAUAUAUUUACCAUGUCUAUGAGAAAUGAGCCCCCAUGCAUAUAUGAUUUUUAAACUGAUUAUAUGAUGCUCCCAUUAUGCUUUGCACGCUUAGAAUUAAGGUUGAGUGUUUAAUUUAAAUUAAGGUUUGCAAAGGAAAACUUUUUUUGAAUUAGCUGUGUACACAUACAUAUCAUCAACUUUGUUAAACACGGUAAAUCAUCAGUUUUCUUUAGUCAUACUUUAUUUCUUACAUACAAUUCCGACGCAGAAAUCCAAACAUGCGGUUUGCUUUAUAUAUAGUUGAAUAAAACGUUAUAAUGAAUGCAAGGUUAUAAUAGUCAAUAAUUAUCUUGCUAUAGUACAAUAUAUAGUUAACGUAUCAGUUGAAAUAAUACGAUAUUUGUAUUAACUAUGUGAAUGUUUUCAAUGUUCAAAUGCCACUCGUCUUUCCAAUACAGCAAAAUGCUCUAAUACAGCCGCGACAAAAUGGAAUUCAGGAUAACACAGGCCUCUUUUCUUAGCAAUGUUUUGUUCCAGAAAAAUAUCAUUGAAUUCAAACUUGAAUUUAAACCAUACAAGGUCACUCCCCAGUUAAAAAACUCUGCGCGGUACUGUGCGCUUUCAUUUCCCCAAAAGAAUUGGACCUAUUGCAGACGGCAGCAAACAUAUAGCAAAACAGAGCACAGCAAUGAAACAAGUCUUUGCAUGCUUGAUUUCCCUGAGAACGCGUCUUUUUACACUAUGUUUUUGCGCAAUGUCAACAGGCCGUUGUUUGGCGUGGUCUAACUUUCUUACGACAAAGUGGAUUCUCGUGUACGUAAACACAGUAAAGAAAAAUGCAUUAGUAUUAUUAUUGGAAAAUAGAGUUUUAACAAACUCGAAGUGAAAAUGGAUGAAAUAGUGCUUGUGAGCUCAAUGAAGCCAAGUACACCUACAUAGGUUAGAAUCCGUCCUUUUGUGACAUGCGUUUUGUAGGAAUACGGGUGUAACACAGCAAUGUACCUUUCCAAUGUCACGGCGAAUAAUGUAACAGUUGAUAGCGACAAGGUCGUGAGUAGACAUUGGAUUAAAAUCACAAUAGCAAGGCAGUUUUUAAUGGCUAACAACGGCGCGGUUAGAAAGACAAUGAACAGAGGCAUGCCGAAAAUACCAACAACAAAAUCAACGACAGAUUGUACUAGGAUUACGAAGUAGCAGAUUUUGUUCUUCAGCUGAGAUGACUUUCUGAUGGUUAUCACCGAGAGUAAUAAGUUGAGGAAUAUCGUCGACAACAUUAGAAUAGCAUUGAAAGCGAUCACUGGAAUCCGGUGUCCCAAAUCCGUGCUGUUGACAACAGAUGGGAGAUUUUUGCACAACGUCAGGGCACGUAUUGUUGAUUUCAAUCGAGCGAACCAUGUUUCAGUUAUGUCGUCUUGCAAAUUAAUGCAAAAGUUGCGCAUGCAUGUACGUCCUUUAUCCAAUUUUUGAUCAUUAGCAUAUAAAAUUGUUCUCAUUAUUUUACCGUCUCAUUAUUUUACCGUCUCAUUAUUUUACCGUUUAACUCUAUCUCAAAAAAUGACACAUUUUAAUAAGAAAUCUAAUGGGCGCAGGACCGAUCUAGUCGCAUUUUUCGCAGCUGCUCCUGGUUAGAUCUGAAAAUUCCAUAUAAUCUUCCGCGAGAAAUUUCCAUAUACAAAAACCGUCCAACUUUUAUGUUCUUUUAUGUUAGAUCUCUAGUAACACAUGGUCGAUAGGAGAUGACCCUUACUGGAAUUCUAAAGGGAGAACAGUUUUAAUUUAAUUUAAUUUAGAUCUGAUAGCUCCAUGACCAUACAGAAAAAUAAAGUUAGCAUAGGUUUCUUCUUGUAGUAACAUCAAUAAGAGAGGAAGAACAGUUUAGAACUGAUAGAGCUAUCCAGUAUCAAUAAAAUUAUAGUUUAGUUUGGGUUUCCUCCUGUAGUAACACUGGAUCAUUACGGAAUAUUGAUUCUCCACGAAGGACUGUUUUGAACUCAUGAUAGAGCACGAUGACUUUAAAAAUAUCAAACGUAUUAAUACAAAAUUUUGUGCAGCCUCGUUCCCAGCUCUUUCCUCUUAAUGGACAUUGCCCAAGGAAAAAAUUAUUAAAUUUGGAUGAAAAUUAGAUUAUGAAAAUUUAGCAAAAGUUUGUCUUUCUUUACCGGGCAGAGUAAACAGAAUCGUAAUGAGCCUAUUGUAUAAUUUAUGCAUGAUACUGAAAAGUUUGAGCAAACGCCAGUAUCGUUUUUACGGACAUAGGCGUGAAGUCAGGCAAAUUCAGUAUAAACGUAAUUUGGGCAAAAAUCGGGGGAAAUAACUUUAAAAAGAAGACAUAUACAAUAUAGUAUUUGAAAAUACCAAAAAUAUGUAAAAGUUACAUGGAAUUUCGACAAAUGGAAAAAUAUUUUCGUCGGACGCCCCCCCCCCCUGAUUUUUCUUUCUGCCCCACUGAUUUUUUCCCACACAGGCGUGUUCACGGAUACCUGCAUGUAGACAGUCGAAAACGCAACGAAUUUGGGUGCGUGUGGACGCGUAUUUUAUCGAGUCCGCAACAAAAUGUUUUUGGAUUCAAACGAAUCCGGAUUCUGGGCCGAAACAUUUGUCUCCACAGCAAGUUUUCAGAAUUAUAUUGAACUCUACUGUUUACGGACAGGGGUAAACCGUCUAUUAAGCCUUCCGCUCAAAUAAUCGGCUCUUCAAUGACCCCGCUCUUUAGAGGAGGAAAUUUAUUAUAUUAUUUACUGAAGAGACAUGUAUACUGAAUAGAUGUAAUAUGCUAUCCUUGGAAGUUCAUAGUGGUAAAUAUUAUAAUUAUGAAAUAAUUAAUCAGAUGUUAGAAACACACUGUAUAUGGCCGGUAUAAUUUCAAUCAUGUUAGCGUCAAACGUAUAAACUCUCCUUCCCACGUCAAACAUGUCUGAAAUAAGCAAGAAGUGAAAUACUGUUCAUCGUUCUAAUCUCUUUGAUUUGUUUCUUCAUUAGAGCUCGGUUCUCUCCGUUACAAACUGAACGAGAAGCAGCAAACUACAUGUUAAAAGUAAUUCGUGAUUCACAUUUGAACGUAAGGUAAGCAAACACCUAGAGAAGUCGUGGAUGUUUGAUAAUUUGAUUCCAUUGUUAAUUGGUAGCGUUGAACGAUAUUUAAACUACCUGAAAAAUAUAGAAACUAUUUGAACGAAGAUAUGAUUUUGAACUGUCUGUGCCAGUCUAGGUAUAGUGCUAAUAAUAUGAACAAGCUUUCGUUGGGAGAUAAUUUUCAGAUAUAUAGUUGCAUUCCUACCAACGAAUAUACAAUUACUUUAUGGUUUCCGUGUUUGGAUGGCAUGAUCCAAACAGUGGGGAAUGUUGCAAGAGUUAAGAAAAGCGCGCGAAAUCACGAGCCGAAGUGAUUUCGCGCACUUUUCAUAACUCUCGCAACAUUACCGCGUGUUUGGAUCAGGCCAUCCAAACACGGAAACCAUAAAGUAAUUGUUUUAUAAAAUAACAACUUUCCGUAUUAAAAUUUCACUUUCACUUUAAAUUUCCGUGUUUGGAUGGCCUGAUCCAAACACGGGUUUCGACCAAUCAGAGCACGCGUUAUGUACAUGUUAUUUUAUAAAGCUUGUUCCUUAGAUAGUAGCCAAGUUUAUAGAAUAGCAAAAUGAAUAACAUCUGGCAGGGGAUGGUUGUAUAAAGCUGCACUGGCGCUAAACUUGGUUAAAAUUUAACCCGCUGUAAAGGUUUGUGUAUUUCUCCGUUUAUUUCAAACCUUCAUGAAAGGGAAACUCCUAGUGAUCCAGACAAGAUUUCUGAAGCAAUAUUUCCAAUUUUAUAAACAACAGGGUUCGUAGCGGUCUUUGAAAUCCUUGAAAGUCUUUAAAUUUGAAUGCAGGUCUUUAAGGUCUUUGAAUUGUGUGAAAAAGCGAAGAAAGUCUUUAAAUUCUUUAGUGAGUAUUUGAUUAUACGAUUCCCUAGCUGAAAAAAUAGAUUGGUUGAAGCAAGAUUUAUGCAAAUAUCGACGAAAAGGUGCAUUUUAGUAGGAUGUGAUUUGACUAAUUACCGGGUAAAAAUGGUGCUUACACUCGCAAUUUUUCGACAGCUGAUUACUCUCAAAGGCAUAAAGGUCUUUGAAAAGUCUUUGAAAAUAGGCAGAAAAAAUCUUUAAAAGUCUUUGAAUUUUUUUGGUCUUGGACACUACGAACCCUGAACCUAGAGUUAAGCUAACCGGAUUUCCAACAGACAAGGGUCUUCGCUCUAAACGUCCAAGUAUUUUCUAUAUCAGGUAUAGUUAGAUCCUUCAGCCAACUGCGAGGAACAGUGCGCAUGAAAAUGUUGAACACAUGCACUCAUCAUUUAGACAGCAGGGAAUAAGAUCGAAUUUAGCGGCAUGCUAUGUUUCACGUUAUUAACUGACUAUCAAAUAAAUUUUAAGCAGUAACAAAAAUCCCAUUGCAUUUAUAAUGGACUAUACGUACAUGUAUAGAUUUUAGGAAUGGGCAGGAAAUUUCCUCCAAGGGACCACCUUGAUUUGUUAGAUAUAAGUUUCGUUAUAGUUAUGCAGUGAAAUUUUUGUUUAAUUUGUCUUUCAGAACCAAAUUGUACGACAUGAUCCAACUGGCGCAAAACCAGAUUCCUUAUUAAGUUAUUCGUACGUAAUUUUUGGAUUCAUUUUCUACAGUUGUACGGUCGCUUUGCCAGCGUGGGACGAGCGACCUAUACAAGUCACGUGUGUAAUUAGUUACGUGCCCACAAUGCACUGAACUCAAGUGGUUGAAUGUAGUUCAAUUUUCAUGGCAUGCACACGAGGGCGGACUGACUACAGCUCGUGUUCAAUGUAGUUCAAAGCGAUCAUAAUGAAAACGACCUUUACAUUCCUUAAACCUGGUUUCCAUAUGGUCGUAACGGUCGUAAAGAUUGAGUCACGAUCUUUCUCAUCAGCAACCUCGUUCCCAGGAAAGAUCCUGGUUACGAGGUUGUCUCGUCAGCCGAAAUACAACAUUUAAAAACUGAAAAUACGCGGAGUGCAUGAUUAUAAUUUGAAAAUACUUAUGAUUUAUAUGUGGUUUACAGAUAUAAACUAUUAUAAACUGGCCGUUGAGAAAAUCUCACUCUAUUAGUUUUACGACCAUAUGGAAACCAGACUUACAGUGCGUCUACAGUAAGUGGGGCCACUUAGAGAACACUAACCAAUCACAUUGCAGAACAAAAAUUGAAAAAAUCAACAAACGGCGCAUUAGCCAAUCAGCAUUAGGCAAAAAACAAUUUGAACAAAUAAACGAAUGUCAAACGGUAGAAAUAGACUUGUAAAGUGAACUCUGCGGUUAAUGGCUUCCUGAAUCUUUCUUUUGAUUGGACGAGCUUUAGUUUGAUUAGAUUUUUCUUUUUGUUCUGCAAUAUGAUUGGUUAGUAUUCUCUAAGUGGCCCUACUUACUGUAGACGCACUGUAACAAACUUUAGCAGUCGGAUUUUUGCGGAGCUGAGACGUUCAUGACGUACGGUUGGCUGCAGGUUUCUCUCAAUAAAUCCCUACGUUGUUGUAGGUGAGUUGUGUGCUUGAUUUACACAGUACAAUCCGAGUUGUAAGCAGGUUGCAUGCGACAGUUUUAGGCAAAAGAUGUGUUGUGUAAAUUAGCCUUUAUAUUUUCUUAUUGCACAACAACACUUGCAUGAAAGAACAGAAUAUAUUAUUUUGAAAAACAUAAAUUAUUUUUCUGACAUACAUACAGUACAUUUCAAUCCAGCUUUGCAGUGGCCAUAUAUCAGUCGUUCCUGUGUCGUUAUAAGAGAGAGUUGCAUUUUAUCUAAGAUAACAUGAAUAUUUCCGCUCCACAAGAAAUCCGACUGCUAAAUUAUACCAACACAAACAAUGCUUUUUAAUCAGGCAGCUUCAGUGGAACGAACUGUUGGGCUGGAAAUGUAUAGAGCGUUUGCACAUGACGUCACAGGAACACCAACAUGGCCACCAUGGCUUUUGUUGAGUUCGUCCCUGGGGAAUGGUUGCGAACGCUCUAUAGUUUAAAAUAUCCAGGUUCAUCCCAUGCAUGUGUAUUACGCUAUUAGACAUCCUAUUAGAAAUUAUAGCAGUUGCUAUUUGAAAUUUGAACAGAGAUAUGGAUAAUGAAAUUUAAACUCAAGACGAGUCUAAAAUAUGAACAGAUGUAAAUAAUUUUAAAUUUAUCGUCGCCUAAUACCAUUUAUGUGAGAAAAAAGAGUUAUUAAAAGGAAAUGUAUUUGAUCAAAAUACAAUGCUCGUUAUCCUGAU